AUGACAGAUGGCUACUUGUGGUUUGAAGGGAUAGGUUUCCCUGUGGUUGGUUACAGCUAUGAAGUUUUGAAAGAAGCAUGUGCUCAGUUUGUGAUAAAGGAUGAAGACAUAGUAUUGGUGACCUACCCCAAAUCAGGAACCCACUGGUUGGUUGAAAUUCUCUGCCUGAUUCACUCCCAUGGUGAUACCAAGUGGAUUCGAUCUGUGGCCAUCUGGGAUCGCUCACCCUGGACAGAGACAGAUGAUGGUUACAAACUUUUAAAUGAGAGAGAAGGCCCGUGGCUCAUGUCCUCUCACCUCCCCUUCCAUCUCUUCCCCAAGUCUUUAUUCACUUCCAAGGCCAAGGUGACAUAUAUCAUGAGAAAUCCCAAAGAUGUUCUUGUGUCAGGUUAUUAUCACUGGACUAUGGCAAAACUAUGUAAGAAACCAGAGUCACUGGAACAGUAUUUUCAGUGGUUCAUCCAAGGAAACGUCUCCAAUCCCAAUAGUGUGUAA